AUGGCCUGCUUCGAGAUGACCCUCAAAGACCGUCACCUUUUGCUCGUCUUCGGGCUCCUUCUCGUCGCCAUGGCCCACUGCCAGCCGGGCCGACGAGGCGGCGGUUCGACCGACAACACCGGUCCGUCAGGCGGUGGGGCCUCGUCGUCGUCGUCGUCGUCAGCGACAGCCCCAAGAAAGUUGGUGCCCGAGGAGGCGUUUGCUCAGUUGUCUCGAGCCGUCGGAGGCCAAGUGGAGCGUCGACUGUUGGGCCGACGUCCAAACAAUCUUGGCGUCUCCACGGGCGACUAUCUCUGGCCACGGGUGAAUCAGACCGAGAACACAAUUGACAUCUUCUCGGUGGUACAGAUUGUGUAUGAAACCGCACUUCCGGGAGUACACUUAUCCCUCUUUCCCCCACCAUCACAGUUGUUGCCUAUGGCAACGGAAACGGCGACGAUAACGGCGACGGCGACGGCGACGACGAAAGUGAAGCCGUCAAAAGGCGAUUUGGCGCAAAUUCUCUCCUGGCCCACUCAAAACGCCCGUUUCGUCACACCGACGUAG